CAACCCUGCUUGGUAAAACGUCAAGCUUGGAUUUUGUACGCCAUUUGUUAAAAAUUUCUACACCAGGGAAAAUACUGCCUGACGCAGAAAUUAGUAAAUUUAAUUAGAAAAUCAGCUUAGGCUGCACUGAACUGGCAAAGGUUGCGAUUAUUUUGCUAAUUUAACUGUAUGGACUUUUAAGGUUUGUAUUGGUAGACGCUCCGUUGGACCAGGUAAAAGGUAAUAGACAAAAUGACUCAAUAUCUACCGCCGAAUUUGUUGGCGCUAUUUGCCGCCCGUGAUCCAAUACCUUUUAUGCCACCAGUGGAUAAGUUGCCACAUGAAAAGAAAUCUCGUGGUUAUCUUGGUAUUGGUGGUUUCCUUGGUGAGUUUGAAGACCCAAAAGACACGCCGCCUGCAAAGCGCGUUGAGACUCGUCAAGAACGUUUGGAACGUCGGCGUAGGGAGAAGGCAGAACAAGUUGCUUAUAAAUUGGAACGAGAAAUAGCACUGUGGGAUCCGCAAGAAAUCAAAAACGCAACAGAAGAUCCAUUUCGCACAUUGUUUGUGGCACGUAUUAAUUAUGACACAUCUGAAUCAAAAUUGAGACGUGAGUUUGAAAUUUAUGGACCUAUCAAAAAAAUAGUUAUGAUAACGGAUCAAGAAUCGAGUAAGCCCAAAGGUUAUGCAUUCAUCGAAUAUGAACAUGAACGAGAUAUGCAUGCCGCCUACAAACAUGCAGAUGGUAAGAAAAUCGAUAGUAAGCGUGUAUUGGUUGACGUAGAACGCGCACGUACGGUAAAAGGAUGGUUACCACGCCGUUUGGGUGGUGGCUUGGGAGGAACACGUAGAGGUGGUAAUGAUGUCAACAUCAAGCACUCUGGUAGAGAGGACAAUGAAAGGGAACGUGAACGCUACCGUCUCGAGCGGGAGCGCGAAGAUCGCGAAACCGUAAGAGUUGUAGAACGUAAUCGUUUCGGCAGUGUUGACCCUGUGCGGCGUCGUUCGCGUUCUCGAGAACGCUUACGUGAACGUGAAAGGGAGCGCUCAAGACGUUCGCGCAGCAAAUCACGUGAGCGGAGGAGAAGGCGAGGUGGUAGUCGUGAACGCGAAUAUGACGAUGUCGAAAAACGUGACAGACGCGAGAAAGAUCGUGAGCGCGAUCGUGAACGUGAACGCGAAAGAGAUAAGAAGAAGAGACGCUCCAAAUCCAGGGAGCGUGAUUCAUCCAGAGAGAGACGUGAUAAGAAACGUGAGCGCGAUCGCCGUGACAAGGACCGCGAUCGUGGAGAUCGUGACAUUAAGGAACGUAAGCCGGACUUCCGUGACAUCGAUAUUAAGAUCAAGGAAGAACCAAUAGAUGAUGGUUAUCCAACUUAUCCUAUGAAUUCCUAUCAAACGUCUGGUAUAAAGCGAGAAGACGACGAAGAGCAGGAAGAAAAAUUCCGGCCACCGCAAGAUAUGUUCAGCGUUCCACCACCCCCAAUACCUGGACGUGGUCUUGGUGAGAAUGGACAGAACCCCAAUGAUGGUCAGCAAUCAUGGUGGCGUUGAGGUUUAUUUGUAUAUUACAAAAUGGAUAGUAACAGUUAUUUUCCACUUUCCAUAUUUUACCACAAUUUUCAAUUUAGCGUUUGAACUAAUGCAAAUUCGAGAUUUACAUGAUAGGUACAAAAUUUUAUUAUGAUCUUAAAAAUAUUGACAGACGUAAUCAAUUGCCCAUUGAUUUGUUGGCUAUAGUAAAUCGUUUCUUCAAAUUUUAUUAAUCAUAGUGCAAACGCUAAAGUUUUAAUAGUUUUAAAUUAUUAGGGCAAACAAUAUUUGAAAUUCCAAUACAUACAUACCUACCAACACAUUUUCGUCUUGCUUCCGCGGCGGGCUAGAAUCCACAAACAGAAAACUUUCGAAAAAAAUAUACAUAGUAUGUAUGAAAAGCCAAUUAUGUCGAGACUAUCAGAUCAUUUUCUUUUGGACUCAAGGCGAAUUUAUAUAUGAAUUCUCCUUGGUUUGGACUGUGGAAAUUUUAGUCUCCAUAGAAUUAUUAAUAGAUACAUUUUUAAAUUUACAAACUCGAUUUUUCUUGCUUUUCGGUUGUUUUUAUUAGUAACAAGUGGCUACGUUUUUAAAAACUGAAUUAGUAAAUUUAACUUUUGUUUGUAAAUUUAAUCGAAAAUUGGACGCUGAUAUAUGUAUAUUUGAAUUAAAAUUUUGUUUGCUGCACUUAAUAUAAUUAAACAUAUAUAAAUUAAUAUGUAAUUUAAACAUAUAAAACGUAAUAAUCGCAACCGUAAUGUAAGGAAGAAGAUCCAAAAUGCAAAGAGUAAGUAAAAAAAAAGAAUUGGAGACUAUUGUUUUUACUUGCGGCAACCUGCACCCAAAUGUUUUGGAGUUCUACACUUGAGAGAAACCACACUAAACCCAAAGCAGCCUGCAAAACAGAACCAGAGUUUCCGGCAGAAAGUUGGAGAAGCAAGUAAAAAUGCCUUGCCUGUGUUUGGAGUCAGUGAGUAAAUUGUGUAGAAGGUAGUAAGCCAGUCCUAUGGUGGUGCAUGGGACGGUAAUUCAAACAAAUUUUGAAUGGUUAUCGUAAGGCUCAGUUCUAUGGUUUUUAUACAUACCCACUUCCCACACUCUAUACAACUUAUAUGCAAAUUUUAAUGGCAUUGAAAGUAACUCGUCAAUUUUAAUUAUCUUUUCUCUUUUUCCAGUUUGAGUAAUCAAUAUUCAAAACUAAGAAAUUUUAACUAAUGCUUUGCGCAUUACGGGGAAGGUAUGCAUUUCAAAACAGACAAAAUGUGAACGGGUAAAAGAUUUAGAUCGAAGGGUAAUUACUCCUGAAUUAAAUAUGCUUAAAAUCUACACACAUUUCAAUUACAUGUUUUACAAAAAUAUGUAAAUGUCGAAAAAACAUUGUAACGGUAAAGGUAAUGUUUAAGUAUGCAAGAAUACUAAUGAUUUUCCCAUUCUAGGGGAUCGAACGUACACCUUGCCCACUGACUCCCCAAGUUUGCGUAUCGGAAGCGGUUAGCACAAUUAGUGAUCAUAUGUAGGUAUGCUCGAAUGUAAGUUGAACUAAUGCAAAAUUGCAAUAGCUGUCUCAGUAAGUGGUUGUGUCGAGUUUCUGUGUGAAUAUAUUUUGUGGGUUAAAAGGGUGCGAUUUUUAAGCUAUGUAGUGACCAACAAAGUGUAAAGUUGUUUGGCAUAUUAAAAGUUGAAAGAAAGAUUUUAUGAAUUGCAGAUUUUUCAAAUCCAUAUCUAGGGAUUAUUUUAAUAAAAAUAUUGUAUACCGUUCAUAUUGAAAUCUGUAAUUGUAAAUGCAAAUGUGCUGCGAUAGCUUUUUAUUACCAGCAUACUGUAGUUGGGCGUUAUCGAUCGAUUUUAUCAAAUGUGUAAUAGUAAGAAAUAAUGGAUCUCAAUGAAUGUUUUAGAAUGAUUUAAAAAACAAAAACAUUUGAUUUCUAAUCUAUAAUGAUGUUCUUGAUCUUCAUAAUUACGCUAAGUCUUAUCUAAAAACCUUCGUCACUUUAGAUAGCUUGUUGCUAUAUUCUACAUGAAUUAACUUGUUGGUCACUAUAGGCAAGAAGCGUGUGGUAAGGCGAUUAAAGUAUAAAAGGGUUUUCAAAAGUAGCGCGUCGGUAAGCGCGUAUCAUCAUUAGUCGGCGGAUUUGCUCAUGGAUUUGGUAACCAAUUAUGAUUUAGUCAGCAUAGUUGGUUGACAGACUAAACCAAAACGUUUUUGAAUGUGUAGCUAAUGGUAUAAUAUGGUGUGGUGUGGAUUCCCUGCCGUUGUUUCAUUUGUAAGUGGUUGGUAAUAUUCUCCAGAUUAGCCAUGAACGGCUACUCUUGAAGCUCGUCAAGCAUAUCACUGGUAAAUUUAAAUGCACUUAGCAUGUACCAUAUACACUUUUACUUACAUUUUCAUAAUUGUGAUUAAGUUACAGCGACUAAUUGCCGACCAGCUAAGUGCCUAUAAUAUUGGCUUCAUAUAUCGACUAAAAAUAAAUAGUUCAAAAAAAGUCGAGUUUAUUCUAAAACUUCUUCAGUUUAUGUAUAGCUCGAAAAAAGUGCAAAGCAAACUGAAUAUGAUAACCAAACGAUGACUGGGUUUUUUUCAGUAAGUUCCUAAUCUUUUAGUAUUGGAUAUUGAGUGGAAUCAUUGUGCAUUGUUUUAAAGCUUCUCUUGAAAAAUAUAGUUUUUCGAACGUAAAAA